GUGUAUCAUGUUAACAUGGUCUUCGUUAUCCUUUCAAUCGUUUCAACGCCCUGAUGCGAUGCCUACCCUCCUCUCUCUCCCCGUUGCCUCUUCUCUCCCAGCUCUUUACCUCUCAAAAUUUCCCUCUCCCCGGCUCGCCUCCCGACGCUCCGCUUCCUUCCCAAGAUGCUCCCUUCUCUCCGUGCCGACCGACGUGCCUCCUGUAGCCGGGGGCAACUCCAGGUCGAAGACGUCCCCUGCCGAGGUAUCCAGGACAAUCGUCGAGCUCUCCUCCAUCGGGACCCUUUCCUCACUGUCCACAGACGGUUGGCCCCUUUCCGUCGGCGCCCGAUUCGUUGUCGAUUCCCAGGGAGCGCCUGCUCUGUGCUUAAACCGGCCCGAGAGGCUCUUCGUUUCUGAUGGUCCAUCCAGCUUCCAUGUUCAGUUUGAUCAAAUGAGAUCACGGACUCCACAAUGCACACUUCUGGGAAGGCUGAGCAAACCCAAUGAUAUAUUUCUCCUUAAGAGACUUCAUGCAAAAUGGGAGAAAAAAUAUGGAGAAGAACUGGAGGAAGAACUUAUUUAUCUAUUUUCUGUUGAUAAGGUGCUUCAAAUUGAAGAUCUGAAGGAGGAUGGUAUCUGGGUGGCCUCCUCGGAAUAUAUAAAUGCAGAACCUGAUCCUCUACGCGAUUUUGCUGAAAAAAUUGUUGAUGAGAUGAAUUCGAUACAUCCUGAAGAUGUACUGCGACUGUACAGUGUUUAUGUGGAACCAGGAUUUCAGCAGGCGGCAGAUACCAAGUUGAUAUGGGUCGACCGUCUUGGUUUUGAUAUGUUUAUAUAUUCAGAGAAUGCAGUAUAUUCAGUGCGAAUCCCUUUCCCCAGGGAAGUUACAAAUGAGAAAGAGGUAAAAUCAUCAUUCAAUUCAAUGUCCCACCUCGCUUGGGAGAUUGAGAAGGGCUAUGCCACUCCAGAUUUUGAGAAGGUAACAUGCAUCAAGAGAGUGAGGUAGUCACAUUUAAAUGUGAUUGUGAUUUCCCCCCUCCUUUUUUUCAUGUUAAUUCAUCCGAAAAAUGAUUUCAUUGUUGAAUCUUCUGAAUUGUGCUUAGUUAUUGAUUAAAGACUUGUCAGUUCAGUUUUUACUGAGAGUAACUAGAGUUUGAAAAAAGUUACUGAAGUUAUUUCAUGAAACUUCCCAUGCCCAGAAGUGUAUCGUAUGUACAAGUUUCUCAGUCACAAAUUUUUAUAUGGACACCGCUGAAA